AUCACAUUUUCUGUGACUCUAGAACCUCGUGUAUGCUUUAUCACGUAAAUGUAAUGUGUUCUACAUUGUUGAAUGAAACCAGGGUUCUUGAAUGUUUUGUGUAACAUCAGAAUGAAUUUCUUGCUGAGAAGCUUAUGAUAUUGUAAAAUAUCAUUAAAGUUGUUACAAUGUGAAUAUCAGUGAAUAUUGAAAUUACAUAUUUACAAUCGUGACAGUGAAUUACGUCAUCGUAAGUUUCAGUAAUAUAACAUCAAUGAUUAUUACAUAUUCAUCGACCAAUAUUCUUUUUAUCCAUCGACUUUGGCUAUGUCCUUCAUAAAAUGGUUAUAAAGUUCGUAAAAAUAUAGUGCGAAACAGUUGUUACACCUCUUGCAUCAUGCUGACAUUUUUGAACAAAUAAUAGAAGCUGUAAAGGAUUUGGGUAUUAUUUCUCGAGAGAUAUCAAUGAGAUAUGCAGCAGCUAGCUAAACACAAACAUCCAUUAAAUUUAUUAUAUGAAUAUUUGGAUAAUAUUGGACUCAACAGUGACAUAAAUACCAAAAAUGACUACGAUAGAGUCACCCUUCAUUCGUACCAUAGAAUGGGAUAUGAUGGACAAGACAAAGUUCUUUCCACUCAGUAUGCUUUCGUCAUUCUCUGUGCGUUGUUGUUUGUAUCCUUUAACAGUGAUCAAAACACGUUUACAAGUUCAAAGGCACAAUCAUGUAUACAAUGGAAUGGUGGAUGCUUGCAGAAAAAUUUAUGAAGCUGAAGGUAUAGCAGGUCUGUACAGAGGGUUUUGGAUAAGCUCUGUACAAAUUGUAUCUGGUGUGUUUUAUGUAUCUACGUAUGAAGGUGUGCGUCAUAUGCUUGGGCAAAAUGGUAUUAUAAGUAAUUUAGAUUCACGAGUUAAAGCAUUAAUUGCUGGUGGUGCUGCUAGUUUGGUAGGGCAGACAAUAGUAGUUCCUUUUGAUGUUUUAAGUCAACAUCUAAUGGUUCUUGGGAUCAGUAAUAAAAAGACUAAUGGCUAUCAUGUGAGUAAGAUGAUCAUGAAUCCAUUGGGUUUAACUCUUGAACCAGGGAAAUCUCGUGCUCAAAUUUCUGCCGAUAUUAUUAGGUCAAUAUAUCAAAGAGAUGGGUACAGAGGUUUUUAUCGGGGGUAUGUUGCAUCCCUGUGUGCUUAUGUUCCCAAUAGCGCACUCUGGUGGGGACUUUAUACAUCUUAUCAAGAUGAACUGAUUCGUCUAUUUCCUGAAUGGGUUUCUCACUUGUUCAUUCAAGCUGUUGCUGGAACAUUAGGAGGGUUCACCACCACUAUCAUAACAAAUCCUCUAGAUGUCGUGCGGGCAAGGUUACAAGUACAAAGAUUAGAUAGUAUGUUUAGCGCAAUCAAAGUUCUUUGGAUGGAAGAAAGGUUGCAGAUGUUUACGAAAGGACUAUCCGCGCGACUUGUACAAUCCGCUUGUUUUAGUUUUUCAAUAAUUUUAGGAUAUGAAACUAUAAAAAGAUUCAGUAUAACUGAAGAGUACAAAGGCUACAUUAGAUGGUAAAUUCAUUGGUAAAACAUUGAAACGAUUAAUCCUAUAUCAGUGCAUUUUAUUUGACAAUAUCUGUUCUACACAGAAGUAAUAAAUACGCACCAAAGAAUAAAGAACGCGAUCGUAACGAUUGGUUCUCUGAACAAAAUUUGUAAUUGUGAAUUUUAUUAACAGACACGACAGAAUUGAAAUAUUUCCUUCAGGCACUGUAAAUUGUAAAUUUUGACAUAAACAUUUUAGUCAUAUUUUCAAUUUUUCUUAAUACACAUCUAGUGUAAGGAACCCGACACGAUAAAAAGAGAAAAUAUAUUUAACAUAUGAAUGCAUUUUAUAUUAGUUUUUUCAUGCACAGUACAGAGUCUGAACUUUGUAGCAUACAUUAGAAGUAUCGCUGUGAUAAGGUACAGUAAACAGAAGCGUCUCUACUGAAUCAUGUAAAUUUUCUAUAAAAUAAAAUUGUAUAGCCCGAUUACAUUUUAUGACAAAUGUAUGUAUGGAACGAAUAAACUUGUUAUCUAUAUUGAAUGAAAA